AUGGCGCCCAGUUUCCCGCUCGGUGAACACCCUGACGGCGAUCCAUUCGCGGCGCAAGAUCGCGAACGGCAGGCGAAUUCGCGCCUCGGUCGCAUGGAGGCACGCGCCCAACAGGAGGAGCAACAACGCCUCAAGCAAGAGCAGGCAGCACUGCAAGACCAUCGUACCCACACCAACACCGCAGCACCCAUCCGAGCUGGAUCAUCUACCUCUUCUUCCCAGCACGGGUCGAGUACGAAUGCGAACGGUGCGGGCACAGGAGGUCACCGAACCGCAUUCACGGUCGCCCCUCCACCUCCAGGGCGCGCCCAUCACCGCAAUAGUGCCCGUCUAUCCUCGCACAGCAGCAACACCACCAUCAACGCCACAAAAAAGAGGGAACCCGAUCUCGUCAUCAGCGACACCGAGGACAGCAGCACGACGCCGAACGCUCAAUCCCCGUCGGCGGCUUCGGCAGCAGCACCCCGCGCGGUCCCGCACUCGACAAACAUACUCCCUGCAAGAAAGCGCCCACGCGGAGAGAACGAUCAACCGUUCUCCGUGACAGUACACAGUGGGAUCCCUCAUGUUAGAACGACGGUCCCGACGCCUGUCAGGACGGCCCCGGCAAACGACGAGGCCGAUGAACCGAUGAGCGACGCGCCCGCACGCGCCGGUGAUGACUCGACACUUCUUUCGACUCCGGCCGAACCGGCGAGGAGAGGGAGGGAGAGCAGUCUCAGUAGCAUUGCUUCUUCGCCACACGCUGGGCAUACUUCUCCCUUACGCACCGGUGAAGAAGGGGAUGAAGAAGAGGAAGAGGACGAGGAAGACGAGGGAGAGGGAGAUCCCGAAGGAGAUGAUGAUGGGGAAGACGAUGAUGAGCAGGACGACGAAGACGACGACGAAGACGAAGACGACGAGGAUGAUGACGAAGAUGACGAAUACAGUGAAGCAGACUCGGAGGACGAGGACAGCAAAGUUGCGGCAUCAGUGACUCGACCCAAGACUGUCGAUGGUCGUUCGGACUCGGAUGAGAAUAUGGGGUCGCCGGGCAAGAACUCAAAGCCUGCACCGAAUGCAGUCGGCUCAACGUCUAACGGGACCGAUGAGAAGAAGGACGCCAAGCCCUCCCCUCCACCACCCGAAAUGUCAGCCGUCCGCCUCACCUACUCGUUCCCACCUCGCGGAACGGACCACGGCGUCCUGCAGAUCAGCAUCGGCGAAAUGGCGCGUGAAGCCGGCUACGAUCCCUCCAAGCACAACAUCGCUCAAGUCGCUAGCAGUGAUGGCGAAGAAGAUCACUCUGACGGGAGUGAUAGGGAAGGGAAGCAGAAGCGUGAACGGGAAGAAGCGAAGCCAGGGGAACCUUUGCCUGUCAGGCUGCCGAUCCCGGGCGUUGUAGGGCCUCCUAAGGUAAGCCUAUUCGAUUCGAACCUGACCGUUGACAGGCUGAGCUGAUCCUCUUUCGUAACCACAGCUGAAGAAGCGAAGGCGUGCACCCAACACUGUUCUUGGCCGUUUUGGUGGCUACGAUGUAGAGGACCCUUUCGUCGACGAUUCCGAGAUCAACCUCUACGAGGUAAGCAAGUACUUCGACCCGAGAUCUUACGAAAGACUUGCUCACGCCUUUCGAAUGGGAGCAUUUGGUACAGCCCAAGUUCACCGCGCAACCCAAACGUGCGGGGUUCCACGUCUGCGUCGGACCGGUCGCGAUCCUCACCAAGAGUCACCGAGGCAGGAUUCCGGGGUCCAAGAACAAGCCCAGGGUGCGUCUGCACUCAAUGUAUGUUGCGUUAUGCGCAGGCUAAAUCAUCGAGACGUGACCUGUGUCCCUGAACAGGUUUUAGGCGGACCAGAGGCAGGCGCGGGUGAGUAUUCUCCCUUUAGUGAGCGUGGGGGUCCCGCUGAUAAUAGAGGAACACGAUCUCGCAGAUGGACAUGUGGCCAUUCCUGCCGCGUCGACAUCAGUCUUGCCCACCUUUGGAGCGAUUGGACAAGGCGCUGGUGGGCCCCCAGUCAAACCUCCGAAGAAGAAGGCGAGUCAAGUCAAGUCAGGCCGAGCGAGCAAAUGCACGGGACUUUGACGGAACUAAUUCUUGUUUUUCUGGUCCCUCUAGGGCACCUUCUCGCCAGAGAUGCAGAAGGAGAUCGAUCGUCUCAAAGACGAGGUCGCCAAAGGUCAGUUGGACCCGUGCCAAUCAGAUCAUAUCGCCUGCAUGCUCUUCAGACUCUGCAUGCUCUUCAGACUAAUCCUGAAAAGGUCCAACUGGCAGAGUCGUUCGAGGUCAAGAACAAGUUUCCGCCUCGCCUUCGACCGAUCCUGGUCGACGUUGCGAUGCGCGCACUCGAACUGGACGAAUACGACGACGACUUCUUCGCCAUCAUGCCUAAGAUAUUCCCCUACAAUCUCUUCACGAUGAAGAAACUCAUCAAGCGCGAGGUAUUUCCUAAGCGCAUUGCGGCCUACGAAGCCGAACAAGAUCGACAGAUCGAGAUCAUUCGACAGAACGUCGUGGAGUUGUUGCCGAUCUCGAAGAAGAACCAUGCGGAGGAUUAUGCGCACUACAGGGCUGAAAGGGCGGCGUGGGAAGAGAAGGAGCGCAAGAGGCUUGAAGGGGGUGGGGGGACACCUGAGCCUAUACAGGGGGGAUUCCCUUUGAUUGCAGGAGUGGCAGCGGCGACGGGUUCCGAUGGUGAGGACGCGACGGGACCAGGCUUGGCUACGACUGGACGUGAGUCUCGAUCUUCCAAUGACAACGGAGCGAUAUCAGUGUGGAGGCUGACCAAUUGGAUCCUCUUUUCGUUCGCCCAGCUCGCGAGCCAAUCUACAAGUUCCGCUUCAACGAAGCGAUGAGGAUCGCCUUGUACAAUGCGUGCGAGAUCGGGGACAGGAUGAGCGAACUGAUCGUCGAGAAGCAGUGAGUCGACACCGCCUCGUAGACACGAAUGGUCUUGGUCUGAGUUUGCGGUGGAUGGUGUCGCCUUCUCACAGAGAAUUGGAGAAGGCCGUCGAACAAGGCCAGAAAGUCCACUCGGCCGCGAACGACCGCAAGAUCUUGUAUGCCAAGGUCAGUCAAACCCCGCUAGUUCGCGCGUGCAGUCUCGUUCCGGCGCGCUGACCGUCAGACUCGCACUUGCUCUUGAUCCAGCUUCUCAAAUUCUGGCCCAGUGGGGACAUGACCUCCAACCAACUGUCACGAGAGAGUAAGCACACCAUCCCACGUCCCCCGAUCAAGCACCUCUCACUCAGGCCUCGACGUCCUCUCCCACCGCAGUGA